CCGGCUGGAUACCAAGGUUGCACCGCUAGCCCCAAACUACUUUUCCCGAGUGGCUGGUCGCCCUCGCUGAUUCGCCCAGAUGAUCCCCCCGUUGACUGCCUUUGUUGGUUCUUCCAAGAGUUCGUUCUCUCUGCUCUGCCCUGCCCUGGCCCUUGCCCUGCCCGGCCCUGCCUGCCUGCCCUGCCCUGCCGCUCGGUCUCUCUCUCAUCUCUCUUUUGUCCUCGCUGCCCGCGGCCCACUCCUCUCCUCUUGCUGCUGCUGCUCUCUGUCCUCUCUCCUCCACGUCCAGUGAACUCCACCUCUCUCGUCCCAUCUCGAAGGGACAGCGAGUUUGAGCAGACUUCGCUGGUAAAUAUCAACACCACGCCCCGUCUCUCUUCUCCGCCUCCACUUCACCUCGCACCUCUCUCAGCCCUCACCCGCUGGCCUGGCUCCCGUCGCUCCCGUCUGGAUCCCUUUCGCUCUCACUCCCUCGCGACCUCACCACUCCGCCCCUCGGUCGUCCAUCGUCAUUUGACCCCAAUCCUCCUUUAUUCUUUGUCUUGUACUGCCCCCUCGUGUAUAUCUGCAGUAAGCCUCAGUAAUCACUGGUGAGUCUCUCUCUCUCUCUUCGGCCUCACCUCGCCUCAACUCGCUGUCAGAGCCGACAGCCUGGGUGCCAACCGCGCCAUCCCACCGCAUCGCAUUCUGAUCCAGAAACCUGUAUUGACUCCUUCUCUCCCAGCCAUCUUCUCUUCACCAAUUAUUUCUGCCCUAUACGUUGAGCAAAUCGUAGCUCGCGUCAUCGUUACCUUCGUUGUCUUCGUAUCUAUUUUUUUUUUUUCACGUGGUGUGGAAUAAUUCCCUCCGACUCUCCACCACCAUGGCUUCUAUUAUUGCCGUCUCCAACGAGACCAAAAGCUCUUCCGUCCGCACCACCAAGGACGGUCGCCAGAUCCGCUAUGCCCUUGAGGUGAUCCAGCAACCAGAGCGUGCCCGUGCCUGCGGUAGUGGCGCAAAGUCGAGUGCCGACCGUCGCCCUGUUGACCCGCCUCCCAUUGUCGAGCUGCGCGUCUACGAGGGCGACCAGGAAAUCACCUUUGCCUACAACGCCAAUUUCUUCUUGUUCGCUACCCUCGAGAAUGCCCGCACCAUCGCUCCAGGACGCGCUCCCUCGGCCGCCCCCAACUUCCCAGUCCUCACCGGUACCCCUGUCGCAGGUAUGGCCUAUCUGGAUCGUCCCACUCCUGCUGGAUACUUCAUCUUCCCGGACUUGUCCGUGCGCCAUGAAGGAAAGUACCGCCUGAGCUUCGCCCUGUACGAGGAAUUGAAGGAUGCCAAGGAUAUGGACCCAGAAGAUCGUUCCUUGUCUCCCCAAGGCCAACAAGGUGUUGAUUCUCAUGUGUGCCACCGCUUGGAAGUCAAGUCCCAGCCCUUCGUAGUCUUCUCCGCCAAGAAGUUCCCUGGCUUGUCGGAAAGCACUGCGUUGAGUCGCAUGGUCGCGGAGCAAGGUUGCCGUGUUCGUAUCAGGCGCGAUGUUCGUAUGCGACGCCGCGAAACCAAGUCCAACAAGGAGUGGGAUGAGUAUGACGAUGAAGCUCCUUAUGAGCAGACGAGACGUACCGCAACCCCUGAUGCCUACAACCAGCAGCCCGGUAUGCCUCCACCUGGCCAGAACAUGGAUGAUCAACGCCCGCGCUCCGUCUCCAAUGCCAGCAACACGUCGUUUGCUCCUCCGCGUCGCCCAAGCAUGGAUGAAAUGCCACAGCCAUAUCAACCCUCCAGCGGAUACCAGCAGAUGCCUCCACCACAGAGCACCGGCUAUUCCCAGGUUCCGCAAUAUGGAACGAGCCAAGCCCAGUACCAGAGCCAGUAUGCGCCUCCUCAGCCAUCGCAGGCCCCUAUGCAGCCGCCGCAGACUCCAUACUCCCAAACGACCCACCAGCCGCCAACGCCUGCGCAUAGCAGUUACCAGGGCCAAUCGUACAAUAGCUACAUGAAUAACCACAGCUACCAGCAGCAGCCGCACUACGAGCAACCUGCACCCGCUCGCCAGGAGCCACCUGCGGAAUACACUCAGUCUGCUCCAGACUACCGUCGGCCUUCCGUCUCUCAACCUCCUCAGCAAUACUCGGGUCCCAGCAGCCAGAUGAUGCCGCCCUACAGCCCGAUGGAUUACAACCGCUCUCAGAUACCCCAACCAGUCCAGCCGUACCAUACGCCGAGUCAUACGUCGCCUCCUAGCAGUAUGCGCCUGAACAAUGGUCACGCUCUGGCACCUUUGAAAACGUUGCAACCACCCUUCCCAGCGGAAAGACAUGAGCAUCCUGUCCCUGUCUCACCAUCCUACCAGUCUCCUCCCAACAGUCUUUCUGCACCCAUGUCUGCCACCUCGGAACAUCCUCCACGUAAUAAUAAUUACCCUGAUUCUCGUGGCUCCAUCUCUGGCUACUCUGCUCAACCCCAAACCCCUGUCCAGUCUGGCUUGGGCCAGAAGCGUUCUUACUCCAGCACUUUCGACACUAAGCAUGUCAAUGAGCGUCUGCAGCAAGGUGCCCGACCCAAUCCGGCAGCGUCCGGCUAUGGUUACGACGCAGGUUAUGAUGAACCCGACAUGGAAGAACCCAUGGACCGAGCGGCCAUGAGUUACCGACGCGCGGACGGUACUCACCGAUCUCGUCAUGUUCCCCAAGUUGGUCUUUAA